AGUCUCUCUCGAUGCUGUGAGUUGGUUGGAUGCCUUCCCCGUGAGUGCUGUGACUGUUAUCUCGCACUGCACCUUGAUGUUAUUGAACCUAACUCAAGGAAAUGCUAGGAAAGACUUGUGGAGUGUGAGGGGGGCGAGUGGGAGCGAUAGAGGGAAAGAUCAUAUUUAAACCACCACGUUAAGCUCAUUCUCUUUAGCCUUCACAGGUUACCCAGGCUCUAGGAUUUGAAAAGGACAGGAGAAACAGGUGACAGAAUGGAGAACAUUUCGAGAAUAGGCGGUGUUGAGGAGAGACAAGGCUAGCGGGGGAGGAGAGACAGGCUGGCACUUGAGGAUAGAAGCUCUUGAGAGGCCCUAAGACCCUUGCCAGCAGUGUUGAUAGAUAGCCAAGAGGAGGAGGGAAGAGGAAGAGGCACAUUUCAGGAACAUCAUAAUAGGCAGUGAUAGAACCAUUGAGGAAGGAAGGAGGGAAAGCAAGGCAGAAACAUAGAGAAGUGUCAGAUAGAGCCAAGAGUAUACCAUUGGCUCUAAGGACCGUGACCCCGUAGCAAGGAGCACAUGAGCAGCGUGGGAGGCGGGGAAGAGUGUAACAGCACCUCCAACAGCAGCACCAACAACAGCAGCAGCAACAACAGGACUCAUAAUCUACUCUCCAUGCCCUCGCCCACGCCUCAAACAACCAAAAUGCGCUUCAGUUGUUUCCUCUCCCUGCGAGCCAUGGCUGCCGCCCUCUCGCUAACCUUGGCAGUCCUUUUCUUUCACCCAAGUCUGCACAGUUUCCUGGUUGGCAGCACCGACCCCAACAACCCCUUCGUCUACGUCAGGAACUUCCACCUUUGGACCAGGCGACAACCCCACCAGGCACACGACCUCCCCAUGGGCUCCCGCUCCGCCUUGGUGGCCACCCGUUUCCAGAGCAAGCAGACCUACUUCAUCAUUCAUGGCUUCCUGGGCUCCAGCACCGACAAGUGGAUCGAGUCUCUCAAGGAUGCACUACUCCAGCGGCAGGACUGUAACGUGAUCAGCGUCAACUGGUCCGCCGGCUACUCCACCGCCGAGUACUUCCUCAUCCAACCCCGGGUGAGGACGGUGGGCAGCGAGGUGGGCCAGUUCAUCCUCUACCUGCAGGAUGCCGUCGGCCUCACCACAGACCAGAUCCACGUCGUCGGUCACUCCCUUGGGGCUCAUGCAGCAGGCUUCGUGGGCAAGACACUCAACGGCAGCCUGCCCAGGAUAACAGGUCUGGACCCAGCUGGCCUCAGCUUCCACCAGGCCGAUAGUGCUGACCGCCUCGACCGCACGGAUGCUGGCUUCGUUGAUGUCAUCCACACCCACGGCUGCUCCACCCUCCUCAAGAUGUGGGAUGAUUGUUUUGGCAUCGAUGAGAACCUGGGUGAUGCAGACUUUUGGCCCAAUGGAGGAGAGCGCCAGCCAGCCUGUCAGGAGGGCGGGGACGGAGCCUCUUCUGUCAAAGACGGCAGCAGCUGUGACCACGGCAUGGCUUACGUCCUCUACACGGAGAGCAUCAAAUACCAGCCGUCCUCCACCCACUUCCUGGCCCGCCAGUGUGCCUCGUGGAAGUACUACAACAACAAGACCUGCCCCUGCGGCCACCCCGUCCAGUACAUGGGCUUCAACGCUGAUCCCAGAGUGAGUGGAGUCUUCUACCUGAACACCAGCAGGACAGCUCCCUACGGCCUGCUGGACUCAGACUGUUCCGCUGGUGCCUUCUCCCUUGUGCAGAUCAUGGGUCUGGUGAUGCUGUCCAUCCUGCUGGUGUUGCUUCUGCUGCUGGUGACACUGGUCCUCCUGCAGCAGUACUUUGGGUUGCCAGUCAUGGCGCAGCUGAGGGCAAUACUCUACAUGGAGGAUGUGGUGUGGCACGGGCUGGGCAAGAGUCCUUCCACACACAUCCUCAACUCGGAGAAAGCCGUGGCUGUGGAUACUUGAAGUGGACCAAGUCAAGUUGCAGCGGCAGCAGCAGUGAGAGCCUGUGAUCUAGUCAAGAGUGAGUCCAGCCGCAGCCUCUUUGUGAUGUGUUCGUCAGGCCGCCCCGCCCCCUCGGCACGUGAUGCUGUGUUCAUCGUGUCUGCUGGAGUCUGCUGCGCCUGGCGUGCUGUGUUGCCCCCUUCAGUGGUGGCCAUGUUCAUUAUUUAGGAGGGGAAAGGAUAUAGAUAGAUAUAUACUUUAAUGACCACAACUACAACAUUCACUAUAGAUAAAGAAGAAAACUAUACAUCAAAUAAAUAAAUACAAACUGACAUAAUCCAUAAAAAUCCAAUAUAUGCAUAAAUAAAUCCAUGAAACUCAACCAAAUACAGAAAUAAAAAAAAUCAGCAUAACUAAUCAUAAACAAAAGUCAACAUUGUCUUUACAGCUAGAAACCUUCUUUUGUGCAAUCAUUUUUAUAGGACGUGUGUAGAUCAAUCAGGUGGACUGUUCUGCCAAGAUAACAAUGACUUUAUAUUGUUUGAGAGGAAGUUCGAAGAAAUAUUUCAUAGUAAACAUCUAACAGUAGUUUUGCAUUUAAUUACUUUUAUAAAUUUUCAAGUUCACAAUACUGAUGAAUUUUAUAAUCUUGAUAAUACUGAUCAAUGCAAAAAUCAUCUGUAAUCAAUAGUGUAAUUUAUUGUGGUUUCAGACUAGACAAAGGUAGAAAAAAAAGUAUUCAGAUUUUUAUGAACUGCUUUGUGUACCAGCAAGGCAUGUAAUUAUUAUAUGUCACAUAGAUGCUGUAGAAUUGUGUUAUCAGUCUGCUGCGACUCUAAGUAACAGUUUGCGUGAAGCUGUCACUUCUCCGUUGUUCCCAAAGAUAGGUUUGUCCAUGACCAUAUAGUUUGUAGGGGAAUCUCACAAGUCUGCUCUCACCUUUCUGAUUAGUACUCACAACAGGGAAUGAACAGACUAUAGUACUCACAACACGGAAUGAACAAUAGUCUGAGAAAUCUAGCCGAGAAAAUAAUAAUAAUAACAAAAAUAAUAAUAAAAAUAAUCACGUUAGUUACUACUUCCAAAGCACAAAUCCUUAAGAAUAAUUCAUUGGCAUUUGAUCACCCAUGCCCCCACAAAAUACACCUAAUUUUAAGUAGUACGGCAAUUUAUGUACACUGAAUAUUAAGAAAAAAUCAAUAAUGGUGACAUGAAAUAAACUAUGUAAUCAUCCAGCACAUGUAAGUAAAAUUUUUAAGUGUUAAUUUUUUGCGCCUCGAUUAAAUUUUCUGGAGUUGUUAUUAGUAUUAUUUUUAUUAUUAUCCUGAUGUGAACACUAAUUGGAUUGGUGUGUGUGCAUCGACAAACAUGUUAAUUAUUAUGUUUCCACUAAGUACCUUGUUGCAAUGGUAAUGACUAUAUGCAGGCUUUAAUACUGUGUAAUCACCUGAAGUUUAUUUUAAGUUCCUUGCUUGUUGUAUGGAAAUGAUGCCUGAGUUUAGAAAUCCCUUAUAUUUUGUGUAUUACCCGACAAACACUAUAUAGAUGCCUCGCUUCUCAUUAAUUUCUUAGAUUUGUAUGCAGCCUUACAGGACCUCCAGCUUUAAGUUUUCUUUUAAGUUAUUAAGAGAUAACAUAAACUGGUAAAUUUCUUUCUGCUUGGACUUUGCAGAGGGAAAGGGAUGGGAGAAAAACAGAAACAAUGAAAAGGGUUGUGAGCUAUCAGAGAUUCUGGGUUAUAUAUGUGGUUACCUGUAUUCUAACAUUCUAAACCAUUUCAACAACUUCUUAACAACAAAAGGGACUCAACUCACAAGUGCCAGGCUCCCAAUGAUAAUAUUUUUAUACACACUCAUCCAUCUCACUCAUGCAUCGAUGACUAACACCCUUAAUGUUGAUCUGUACAUAUUUCUCGCUGUACUGCAUAUCAGACCACAUAUCGAAUUUUGAGCCCAGACUUACCACUGAAGAUAAAUAGCCAAUAAUAAACCCACUUGUCAUGCUUAGCGGGUUAUGAAGUUAUACCAUGUCAUAGUUUCAUAAAGUAACAGUACAUAUUAUUGAAGUUAUACUACUCUUCAUUAUCUGUCAUAGUUUUGAAAAGGGACAGUACGUAUUUGAAGUCAUAGCAUACUUCACUGUGUCAUAGUUUAAAUAAAGGAAGAGUACUGCAUAUUAUACUGAGGCUAUACUACACUCUCCAUUAUGUCAUAGUGUUAUUAAGUGACCACACAUACUCCAUUACCCUCAAAUAUGGCUUUAAUGAAGUGGAUAACCGUGUAUUUUGUUUAUUUUAUCAAGGGGUCAUAAUUUUCCCUCCCAGAGUAGGCCCAUGUUGCACACCCUUAUGAUAUGUAUAUGGUAUUGUGUUAACACUCCAUGUACAAGCCUUCUGUGAGCAAGAUAAAAGAACAGUAACACUUGAAAGAGAAUUUUAUCAUAUUAUGUCCAUCUAAAGUUAAAUUAAAUUUGUAUCAAGCAUUUAAUAGUAACCCAGGAAGCCCUACCAUGAACUUUUUGAUUUUGGCUAUAUAGUGAUUUUGUAUAGUUUGCUGUAAAGAAAGAUUUUGCUGUGAUUUGAGGAACAGGCAUAAGUAAAACACUAUUAACUCAGUGAUGUUGUAGACCCCAGUAUCAUGAUAAUUUAACCUUUGUGGUAAUUAAUAGUUUGGACAAAGUCAGGAAUCCAUAAAAGAAGAAUGUUAAUGUUAAAGAAUUAAAGCAUUAUCGUAUCAACAGAUGUUUAACAAUUUGAACCAAGUUAGGAAUUUAUGAAAAAAAGAAUGAUAAUCCAGAAGAAAUAAUUCUCACAUCAACAGAAGCAUAAUGAUAUAGUAAACUGUCUUUGAAAAUCGAUUUUGAACUCUACAUUCUGCAUUUACUACCAAAGGUUAGGUUAGCUCGAAUUAUAAUGUUAGUGUGAUUAAAAAAAUUGUAUGCUACCAUAAAAGAAUAAGUAAAGAAACCUCAAAUUAAAGACAUGACAAAAUUUAUCAAGCAGUUAUUUAAUGUUUCAAGAGUGGCCUACAUUUCUACAUAUAUAUACACUUACUAUCAAUAAAGAAAUAAAUAUACAAACCCCAAAUUAAUGAAAACAAAAUUUACCAAGCAGUUGUUUAAUGUUUCAAGUGUAACAUCUCUGCAUUAUUUGUCUGUGAGUUUGAUGUUUUAUGUUCUAGCCCCAGAUGAAGAAGACUAUUAUAUACAAGCUGUUAAUUAAUAAACUGUAGAGCAUUAAUUGACUCCUGUCCUGUGUGUUAAUUGUAUGCACGUGGCAGAGUAAUCAUAUAUUAUACAUUAUUAUAA